AUGCUGCGAAGAUCGAUAAAAGGUGUUCCAAAGUGGGCUCGAAGGCAAGAUAACUUGAUCAUGCUUCAUGUAGAGCUGCGAACAAAGAGCACAAUACGAUUCUCCACAUUGAAGGCUUCGAGGAGCCGGGAAAACGUACAAUGGGAUAUGUACAUGCUCAUCAGAGAUGAUGGAGAGCGUCGACUUCGAACCGAAAUCCACCUUCGCAAGAUCCGCUGCCAGCUCUAUGUCAGAGAAGGCACGCAGGCAGAGAGCAAGCAGGGGAUUUCUCUGCUUGAACAUGUCCCUGUUUGGGAUAUUCUGACACCAAAAAACCCUGAGCUUUUGAGCCGCAACCCCUCAGCUUCACUUUCCAUACUAAUUAGUUAG